CCCAGGUGCACCAUGGUGGAGGUGACGGUGACGCCGCAGUCCUCGCUGGCCGACCGGCCGGUGCAGGUGCAGGUGCGGGGGCUGUCCCCCUCCCAGCUGGUCACCCUGCGGGCAUCGCUGACGGACGAACAGGGCGAGCGCUUCCAGGCGCGCGCCUUCUUCCGCGCCGACGGGGCGGGCGAGGUGGAUCCCGGGCGCCACGCCGCCCUGGGUGGCAGCUACGCCGGUGUCUGGCCCAUGGGGCUCUUCUGGUUCCUGCAGCCCGACACCCUCUUCCGACGGCUGGUCAAGCGGGACGUGGCCGGCAGCCCCUUCCUCGUCCGCCUGGAGGUCUUCGAUGGCCUCUGCCUGGUCACCGGACCCCAGGACCAGCCGCUGGCCUCCUGCGAGGCUGAGCGGUGGUACGUGGGUCCCGGCAUGCAACGGGUGCCCAUCCGGGAGGGCAGGGUCCGUGGGGCCCUCUUCCUGCCACCCGGACCGGGACCCUUCCCCGGGGUGAUUGACCUGUUCGGGGGCGCGGGUGGCCUCAUUGAGUUCCGCGCGGGGCUGCUGGCCAGCCGGGGCUUCGCGGUGCUGGCGCUGGCCUUCUUCGCCUACGACGACCUGCCCCGCGCCCUGACCCAGCUCGACCUGGAGUAUUUUGAGGAGGCGGCCGAGCUGCUCCUCCGGCACCCCAAGGUGCGAGGCCCCGGCCUGGGUGUCAUUGGCGUCUCCAAAGGAGCAGAGGUGGCCCUGGCCAUGGCCACCUUCCUCCCGCAGGUGGUAGCCACGGUGUGGAUCAACGGCACAGCCUUCCUCCAUGGCAACCCGCUGAUCUACAAGGACCUCCGCAUCCCCCCCAUCCCCUACUACACCGAGCGUGUCAUCUUCACGGAGGUGGGGGCCUUGGACAACUCGGCCAUCUUCGCCGACCCCCGGGACCCCGCGUACAGCGCCUCGGCCAUCCCGGCCGAGAAGGUCCGGGGGAAGGUCCUCUUCGUGGUGGGGGAGGCCGACCGCAGCUUCAACAGCAAGCUCUUCGCCGAGCUGGCCAUGGCACGGAUGCCGCCGGAGAGCUGCCGCCUCCUCUCCUACCCCGGGGCCGGGCACUUGAUCGAGCCCCCCGGUUCACCCCUCUGCAGCAUCUCCAGCAUCCGGGGCACCCCCCGGCCAGUGGUGUGGGGGGGUGAAGCCCAAUCCCACGCCAAGGCUCAGGAGCACUCGUGGCAGGAGAUCGUCCAGUUCUUGGAGCUCCACUUGGGCCCCACCGCCACCAUGAAGCUGUGA